GGCAGUCCCUGCGAGCGCACCGUGGGCUCUUGUCCUACCCAACCGACGGAUGAUGGGGGCUCUGAGCGCAUGGCGCGGCCUGGAGUGGCUGCUGGGCCUCUACUUCCUCUCCCACGUCCCCAUCACCCUGUUCCUGGACCUACAGGGGGUGCUGCCGCGCGAACUCUACCCGCUGGAGCUGAGAAACAUGCUGCAGUGGUAUACUAAGGAGUUCAAAGACCCUCUGCUACAGGACCCCCCAGUGUGGUAUAAGUCCUUCCUGUUUUGCGAGCUUGUAUUGCAGCUGCCUUUCUUUCCCAUUGCAACGUACGCCUUCUUCAAAGGAGGCCGCAAGUGGAUCCGCACCCCUGCGAUCAUCUAUUCAGUUCACACCAUGACAACUCUAAUCCCAAUACUCUCCACAUUUCUCUUUGAGGAUUUCUCCAAAGCCAGUGUUUUCAAAGGACAAGGCCCUGAGACUUUCCAUGAACGACUAACCCUCAUAUCUGUCUAUGCCCCCUACUUUUUCAUCCCUCUUCUGAUUCUGCUUUUCAUGUUGUGGAGCCCCCAAUACAAAUAUGAGGAGAAAAGAAAGAAAAAAUGAGAGAAAUAACCACUGGCCCAAGGGUGAGGUGCCCACAGGGCAGUUUCCUGUUGGACCCAGUACAGGGAAAACUGUUCAGAACCCAUGUCUUCAGUAACAUGAAACACGCUAGCAGCAACACCCAAGAUCAAGACACCCGGGGAGCCACGUCAAACCUUCACCUUCCAAGCACACUGGCACAAACAGACCAAUCACCUGAGGAUGGGCAGAGGGGUACAGCUAGGUGAUAGGGAAGUGGUGCCAAGUACCUCACUGUGUGCCCAAGUUCAUUGCAGGAUUACUAAAAGCAGGACCAGACCAGAAACUGGAUAAACUUCCAAGAAACAUGGCCUGCAUGGCAUGUGCAUGAGUCACUUGACCCACAUUAUACAUGUGACUAAAUGUAUAGAGACUCAUGAUUCUCCACAGCAUAUCACUAAUCAGCAAAAUGAAUACUGAGAUGUUUCAGGCCAUUUUUAAGUUUGAAAUUAUGCCACCUUAAUAUUCAUUAAAAACUAUAUCAUGUUUUCUUGCCCCCAUCCCUGGGGGGAAAAAAAUUCUGCAAGAGAUUUAAACUUAGUUUUCUUUAAUGCUCAGGCCUGGCGUGACCCUCAGUCAGAAACAGGUUAAACUGGAAGGUGUUUUGUUUCUGUCCUAAACAGGUUGGCCCAGGAGAAGAGAUUUUUUAAAGUCGCCCUUUUUAUCCUCUUUCCAAACCUUGUCCUAUAUUUUUAUAGACAACCUGACAUAAGUUCCUUUACUCUGAGGUCUGGUGUCUCAAACCUGAUCUGAAGGUGUGCUUCCUACUGGAGAACUUCAUCCUUCCUAAUGGUUUAGUCAUUCCUUCCCAUCUUGUUCUCAGUUGAAGGGGGUGGGGGGGCAGCUGGGCAUGACAUGUCCAGUGUGUACAUACAGGGUCUCUUCAUGUUAGUGCCUGGUGCUCUAUUAGCUUUCUCUAAAUUCGUACUCAAGGCCAACCCCC